UAGCCAACUCAUCUUCCAUCCCUCUCGGCUACUCUAUCUGUCACAGGAAGAGCGUGCCGACUAUUCCCUGCGAACGAUCUAUACCUCUUCUUAUCCAAGAGCGCAUUAGCGUGCGACUCAAUCUAUCGCCACCCGAACACGCAGCCAUGGAAUGGAGAGAGGUGGAGCGGUCGAGUCCGUCGCCACCACAACCACUUCUCCAUCUUGCUGAGCAGGAUGGCCAGAACAUGAAUGCGGAUGGUGCUCCUGCAGUUACGGCGAGGGGGGCUCCUACAGCUGCCGCAGAUGAUGGCACCGACGGCACCGGUGGCACCCAUGAGCAGCCACCAGCGCAGCGUGCAGCCAGUGUGGCCACUCCGACCGAGGAGGACAACGCGGCACUGGCCGAUGACCGACCCCCGGAAGAUCCGCCGCCUGCUGAAGAAGGCGGAAUUGGCGACCUCGGCGAGCAGUCUGACAUCCAUGACCUUCCCGAGGGUGAUCUCAAUUUCGACGACGAACUGGAAGAAGCACAGCCCUCGACAGCCGAGGACGACUUUGACCUCGCGCCCCUGCCGACUGAGUUUGAUCCAGACGCGCCGCUUCCAGACCUUCCCGCGUCCACUGUUCCCGAAGAUGACGAGCUCGCCCUGGUCCCCCGCGAGGAGCCCGAACCGCCUUCAGAACCAGCAGCCGAGGCGGAGCCUGAGCAGCAAGCAGCUGCGGAAGAUGCUCCCCAAGCCGACGACGCGGAGGCAACGGAGCAGGCUGAUCAUGCGGACCAGGAUAUCUAUGCUGUGAUUCGUGGCUUGGCAGAUCCUGGCCUACAAUGGGGAGAUGGCGAAGAAGGGGCGGAAGUGGAGACGGAGGCGAUGGGAGAAGGUGACGCACAUGACGCCGAACAGGCGCCCAUGGACGUGGAUCAUUUGCCAGAAGAAGAACCUCGAGAACCCUCUCCUGCCCCCUCGUCGCCAUUGACCCCGCUUGGCCUCCCCGAGCUUCCCAAUGAGCUGUCUCUCGACGUGGAUAUUCCACCCUCCAGACUACCGCCUUCAAUACUUGCUCCCGAGUUGCAGACAUCGGAACCGGCCGAGUCCUCUAGAGCCGCACUCCGACGCACGCGGGGCGUCUUGAGCUCUGCUUCUCCUGCACUCAACGGGUCUGAGCGCAGACAGUCUUUCGGACGCAGUGACACCGACGACUUCGAGUCUGACGGCGGAGAGAAGCGGGAACGGUACAAGCGCCGCAAGGGUCUAGACGGCAAACUCAUCCGCGCGUCCGCUCGCCCACGGAAGCGAAUCGACAAGCAGCUCCAGAUCGAGCGCGACGGCCAGAAGCCGCCUGAGAAGGUUGCGCCGCGUGCGCGCACUCUUACCGACACGCGGCUCAAGGCGUUGGUGCGCGGCAAGCGGCGCGAGUUGCAACUGGCGCCUUGCAUUCGCAAACGCUACGGCCCGUGGGGAAAAUGUACCCAAUGCGUGAGCAAGAUUGGCGGCGAUUCGUGCCGGUUUCGCAACUACCGCGUCUUCCCACUGGACCCAGCGACAGGCGAGAUCACCGGCGCCGGGUGGUUCGAGUCGACCACUCUCGAAGACCCGCUCACGCCUUUGCCGAACAAGUUCAACGUCGAGCUCACUGAGGCGCACAUAAGCAGAAUAGAGAAGACUGUCGCCCCGCUUUUGGUUGGCCUAAUCUCGCGCGAGAUGCGGCAUGUUAUCAAAAACAACGCUCUGCACAGGCCGAUCGAUACAGCGCAGCACCGGUCCGUGUGCGAUUUCUGCUCAUCAACCAUCUUCGCUGGAUUUUGGUUCUGCACCAAGUGCGGGCGCGACUACUGCAUAGAGUGCGAGCGAUUUUUCUCGGCCAGCGCCGCCACUCUUACCGUGUCGCCCUGGCCCGUGCCAGAAGCAACUCGCCCGCGGCUGCACCGCUGCACGCGCGGGAAUGAGACCUUGCCCCUUUCUCCCAAGCCGCCCAAGGCUGGCAAACUCAAGCAGCAGAUGCACUUUCGCGACGACCUUCAGGCCGCCUCUCGCCUUUCGGCAGAUGAGCUGCGCGCCGACUUUCUCGCGCUCAUCAACUUUGUCCUGGAGCCCGGGGCAAGUGACAUGGACAUCGAGGCGCGUGUGGCAUCGCUCGCACUGGACGACGAGGAGACCGAUCUUGCCGAAGGCGUGCGGAACUACUUAACCAGGGCAUCACCCAGCGCCUCCAGUACAGAGGCGCCACUGUCAGAAGCAGAUGUACAAAAGCUGUACGACGCCUCCAAGACUUUGCGACAGCCGCCAGAUCCAACCGACAUCAAGCCGUUGCCAUUCAUGUACAUCGACGGCGACAAGCUUGACGGAUUACCAGGCGCCUUUGACGCUCUGUGGGCGCGUGGCGAGCCCAUGGUGGUGGACAACCUCAUGAAAAGGCUGCAGAAGCAGUGGACGCCUGACAACUUCAUUAGACGAUUCAAGGACGAGCCGUGCUUCGUCGUCGACUGCGAGUCGGAGCACGUCAUGAAGACGAGCGUCGGCGCCUUCUUUCUCCUGUUCAAGGAAUUGGGCGGCGAGACAAGCGUACCAAACCCUGUGCCUGUGCUUACGAAUGGCACAGCAAACGGGGUGCGCCCGGAUGAGGCGGAUCGGGCGGCCCACUCCACUGGCAGAUCCCUUUCGCCUCAUCAGUCGAUGACUGUCCAUAAGGCGCCAUCGCACGAGCCAACAGCCACAGGCAGUGUGCAGUCGGCGGGGCCGGUGUCCGGCAAGUCGAGCGGCAAUGGAACUCCUGAUGUGGAGGAGUCCAGCCGUUCCCCCGCCGCCGUCCCAGCUCAAACAACUCCAGGUGCUUCAAGUGCUGCGCGUCCCAUACUCCCUGCUCCCGCACAGCGAGGCUCCGUGUCAGGAAGCGGCACGGGUACUCCCCAACGGGCUUACACAUUCGAAGAGCAGGUCGCGCAGAUGGCCAGCUGGGCUCCAGGAUAUGCGGUGCUCAAGGCCGAACAACGCAUACUGAAGCUCAAGGACUGGCCAUCGACGGACGACUUCGCCAGUGCCUACCCUGAUCUUUACGAGGACUUUUCGAGGGCCCUUCCGGCGCCUGAUUUUACACAGCGCAUCGGCGUUCUUAACCUCUACUCCCAUUUCCCACCCGGCCCGACGCGCCCUGACAUUGGCCCAAAGAUGUACAACGCUCUUGCCGGCCGCGAGGAACCCGGCAGCUUCGGGUCGACGCGCUUACACAUGGACGUGGCGGACGCCGUUAACAUCAUGCUGUAUGCGUCCAAGCGCGCCGACGGCUCGCCUGGAUGCGCGGUGUGGGACCUCUUCCGCGCCGAAGAUGCCGACAAGAUCCGCGCAUUCCUCAAAGGCCGCUUCCCACACAUAAAGAUGACGGAUCCUAUUCACUCGCAGCUCUUCUACCUUGACUCAGAGCUGCGCGAGGAACUGCACGCGCAAUAUGGUGUUGCUUCGUUCCGUGUUUACCAAUACCCCGGACAAGCAGUGUUCGUUCCCGCGGGCUGCGCACACCAGGUCUGCAAUCUCGCCAACUGCAUGAAGAUCGCGCUUGACUUUGUGUCGCCUCACAAUGUUCGCAGAUGCCAGCGGCUCACGCAGGACUUCCGCAAGGAGAACUAUGUGCGAGUCUGGAAGGAGGACGUGUUGCAACUGUACAACGUCAUGUGGUACGCAUGGACAAACGUCCGGGGCAUCCGUGAGGCGCGCAAGCAGGCGGAGAUCGCGCGACGUGAGCACGCAGCGCGCAAGGCAGACUGGCUCGCGCGUCUGAACGCCGGACAGGUGCCUCACCUGCCUGGACACCCAGCAGUUGGACGUCAACCGCAGUACCCGCACUCGCGUACAUACCCUCACCCAUACGCGCCGGCUCGUGAGGACUCUCGAUACCACUCGUUUGCUCCCACGCCCGCGUGGAGCUCUAUGCGCGACGAUCCCUCACCCAGGGUCGGUGCUGAGAGUGCUGUCCGAGGGCAGUCGACACCGCCAACUGCAGUGCAGUCUGCGCCCCCGGAGCCGAAUGCUCCGCAGGCAGAGCGGCCAGUACGGUCGCCGAGCGCUGCAGAGGCAACGCCGACCCCCGUGGCUGAGGGUGGCCCCACACCUCCGCCCCCAACGUCGUCGUCCGAUGCCGUCGCGGUCUCGGCCAAUGCCGAGGCACAGGCGAAUGGCAGAGGUGCGGCAAUAACCGAAGGCCAGGAACCAAAAGUCCAAGAUAAGAAUCCCGAGUCGGCCUCGGAUUCGGCCCGGGAGAUCCCGCCAGCCAAUGACAGCGCCGAAACAGUUUCGAGUCCGCCAUUGCCGUCGCCUCGUGAAGAGCUCGCGCGUCGCCUGAUGGAAGCCGCACUCGCGCGUGAGCCCAAACCUGAGCUGCACGUCGACCCGACACCCAAGGCAAGUGCGCAGCGCGAGUCGUAUGACCGUCACAACUCGCGCAUCAGUUCCGCAUUUGGUGACUCGGAUCUCAGCGCGUUGCCCGACCUAAUGGACCUGGGCGGCGAGACUGGGUUCAGCGAUGUUGACAUGCUGGGCUAGGUGCGAGUCAGCUUGGUCUGAUUGUAUAGGCAGGAUGCCGUUACAGGCUGUAGCGAUGAAGCAGGGCGUUCCGCCAGAUCCAGACGACAAGCGGGGCGGAUCUGGCCCGCCGGCCGCCAGGGAUUGUAAUCAGCCAGAUUGCAGAUUGACGCCUGCCUCGUUUGGCGCUUCUCCAACGCGUCGUAUCCCUUUCUUGUGCAGGAGUUGGCAUGGAGAGUGCGUCUGUACUGUAGGCCUGUAGCCUAGUGUAGCCUAGCCAAGCGCGCGCCAGUGCAGCGGCAGUUACCCGAAAGAUGCAAGACUAAGCCAUGCC